CAUGACCCAACGAUUUCAUACCCUCGCAUAUAUCAUGAUUUCUUCACUUUCAAGUCGCCUUCCCAUCUGCUCAAACUAUCCGUUGCGCAGGGCAUCGCCCAGUCUACGUUUUUCGCACGAUACCACUCUGUUGCCUCUUUUGUGCUUUCAUCCCCUAGGAAUGUAUUGACACCACAGCAGGCAAGUCUGGGAGGACUGUACGAGAAUAUAUAG